UUUUUUCUUUUGAUUAUUUUGUCUUUGGCCCAACUGCUUCUUCUGAAUGACGUCAUUUUUUUUUAAAGUAAAGUUACUGUGAAAUAAAUAUAUUUGUUAACUAAAAGAAAGUGUUUAAAAUUACAAUGGAAAUGCGAGAAGUAAAAGAUAAGGCUUGUUAUCGGCCGGUGACUCAUGUUAUAUUUGACUGCGAUGGACUUUUGUUAGAUACAGAAAGACUUUAUGAAAAAAUACAUACUGAAUUAGCAAGCAAGUAUGGCAAGACAUAUACUUUUGAGACAAAGAUCAAAAUUCUUGGGACUCCCGAAUUGGACUCGAACAACAUCAUCAUAAACGAUCUCGGCUUGCCCAUCACAGCCGAGGAGAUGGCGGAGUACAUGCGAGAACGAGAACAGGUCCUUUUCCCCACGGUCAACACCAUGCCCGGGGUGGAGCGACUCGUGCGGCACCUCGCAGAGCACAACGUGCCCAUAGCCAUAGCGACCAGCAGCAGCAUGCGCGCCACCAGGCUGAAGAUGUCGAGGCACCAGGAACUGUGGAGCCUGUUCAGCCACACCGUGGCGGCGUCGUCGGACCCAGAGGUGAAGCGAGGCAAGCCGGCCCCGGACAUCUUCCUCGUGUGCGCGUGCCGGUUCCCCGACAAGCCGCGGCCAGCGCAGUGCCUGGUCGUGGAAGACGCCCCGAACGGAGUGGAGGGCGCUCUGGCCGCCGGCAUGCAGGUCGUGAUGGUGCCAGACCCCAGGGUCCCGGAGGACAGGACGAAGCGAGCCACCAGAGUUCUGGCCACUUUAGAAGACUUUAAGCCACAACUAUUUGGCCUUCCAGCUUUCCCAGAGUAAAGCUUCACAAAGUUUACUUAACUCUCUCAAAUUGCCUAGUGGUGAAAUGUUAAUAAAGUGCUCAAUUUUCUUAUGUAUACAUCUCAUUGAAUUUAUAAUUUGGCUGUUUUCAAACUACAACUUUAAUUUUAUUUCCAAUCAUUGAGACCUACCUAUUAUGAAAUAAUAAUAUCACUGUGUUAAAUUGUUAUUUUAAUCAGUAUAUAUAUAUAUUGUGAUAUUUCUUUUUUAAAACAACAUUGUCUCUGUUUCCUACAAUAGAAGUAAAGUUCUGAAUUAUAUAUAUA